AUGACAAGCUCCGAGGCUCGCAAAGGUGCUACGAGCGAGAUCCGAGACAAGCUCGGGUUCCAUGAUGAGACGCUGUGGCGCAAGUUUUCGUCGCGACGGCUGUUGUUGGUGGAGUCCCUGUCUUUGAGCUCGAAGAAAGCGUGCGAACAAGAUGCGGAAAUUGCGGUGUGUGCCAAGACGUUGCAGCAGGAGUUUGGGUUUCCGGACGACACGCUGGGCGAGUUUGACAAGCUGGUUCGGCUGGCCAUUCAGAGCGUCCGCAGAAACAAAAAACGGUCGCAGAAACGGCUGGCCAACCGACGCCGUGAAAAAGAGGACAAUGUGAGUCCGAGUUACAGCGAUCUAUUGAACGAGGACGUAGACAUGGCGACUGGAAGCUCCGAGGAGCACGAGAUCGAGUCGAAAACGGCCAUCUCUGCUCUGGUGGCCCCGUCUGCAGAGCGGCCGUUUGGGGCCUCUUUGCGCCGGCUGGGAGCCAACCACGAGUUCCGAGCAGCGGCAAACAGCUUUCUGGCGAGCGUGAAGCGGUCGAGGACGUGUUUCGAUCUCACCAAGUCCGGAACCGGCUCGUUCGAGUCGAUCGAGGCAUUUGGGUCGUCGUGUAUCUCAACAGCUGUGAUGUUUGUGCUGGAACGAUAUUUCGGCCAUCUGUCGUACGAUUCGGUCAUUUACAUCAAGCAAAAACUCAACAGCGACAUGGUGUUGAGCUCGGUGGUCAAGAGUCUGGACCACGAGUCGUUGGAGGUGGCCCAGCUCGGAGAGUUUGUGGCAGCACAGCUCUUUAAGAAGCUCGUUGGUGGAUGUGUAAAGGAUUUCGGGUUCAACCAGGUGUUGUAUCCUGUUUGCGACAUUUUCCGCAGCAUCUUGGAGAAAGACUAUCCAUUCACGCCACAAACGUCGCAGCUGGACGAGAAGUCGACGAUUUUGUCAAGAUCCCCAGCCUCGGAUUCACUCAUCACCGUGGUUAUCAAGUUCAACACCAAAGAUCUACGGUUCAUAUACCCUUCAAGUUCGUGUUCUCCGCCAACGGUUCUGGAGCUGAUAACCAACUCGAAAACGGCAUUUGGAAUAGUCAACAACAAUCGGAUCCUCAAGAUCAGAAACGCCCAGUCCAAAUCCUUGAUCGACUCGGACUCGGAGCUGGAGAAAUUGUUCGAUGCAACCAGAAACAAGCCCCAUAAACUCAUAGAGCUGGAACUCAUCUACCACAACAUGCAGGACUAUCUCAACCUGAACUUUGAUGUUCCGCAGAAACAAGUCAGACCGGCAGGCUUGCAUGCUCUCACUCCUCCGCUGCCGCUACCAAAUAGAUCGCCGUUCAAAUUCCAGCCUUUACUCUAG